ACUUGUGUUGACAUAUGCCGGUAAGCAUAAACCCACGCGGCUUGUGCCUCCAGCUGUGUUUUUACUAGGCGUUUUAGGAGGAGUAAUACCAGAAAAGUAAAUUAGUCUGAAGGAGAACAAAGAGAAGAGAGAAGAAUGGCUCCGCUUCCUCCGAGGCUCACUGGGUUUCUUCGUUCUUUUUCCAGUGUCAGCAAGAAGGAGGAUCUAACAGAACAGUUCUAUGAUCUGAAGUUGGUACUGAACAUGGCCAGGAAGCCGUUGAAAGUGCAGCUGCUUUUCUGUUUGAGACCUUCUACAAUAAAGACCAUGUGGGUGCAGAGGAGACCCGAGCCAUUAAACAGAUGUUUGGCCCUUUUCCAUCAUCUGCAGCUGAAAGUUCCUGUUCCUGUGUGGCCCGGCUGGUGGCUCCACUUGGAGACUCCAGAGUGGAAAACUUCAUCAAGACACAGAGUUCUCGUCACAACCCACAGCAAUGUUCUGCAUUUGGACGCAACAUUGUUUUUUCAUAUGAUUGUUACACCCUGGAACCACUGGAAAGCAUGCCUUUCUCUGGUACCCAUGAUGAGAACUCCAGGAUAGACUUUCUCUGCUUUCUCAACAACCAGCAGAGUGGGAAGAAUGCCGCCACUGAAAAUGCUCCCAGCCCUGGCAGGUCUUUAGGGCCAGAUGAUGGAUCAAUCCUUCAAAUAGAAGUGGAGAAAUACCUGCUGGGAGGCAACAUUAUUUCAUCUAAUCCAGAGGAACUGUGCUCCUCCUUGUUUGAGAUGCUGGCCUCAAACAAAAGUGACAAUGAACUGCAGAAUGAGCUGUUUGAACUUCUGGGACCAGAGGGGCUGGAGAUGAUAUCUACCCUGCUUCAGCAAAGGGUGUCCAUUGUUGACUCCCUCCUCUCCACCCCACAUGAUAGGCCAAGCUACCAAGCAGAUGUUGGCAGAAAAGUCAGUGGUGAAGUGAACAAGCCUGCUUAUGGGUGCCAGGUGACCAUUCAGUCAGAAAAGGAGAAACAAAUGAUGAAGAUGUAUCGACGAGAAGAAAAAAAAGAAAAAAAGAGAGUCAAAGGAACAGAUGAUGCCGACAACUCGGAUGCUGCCAUGACCUUUGACCCAAGAGAAAUGAGAGCCCAUCGAGAACAGGCCCUGUUGAAUGCUCGCUAUGAGCCAAUCCUGACCAGAGAAAGAGUGUACGAAAGGAUCCGAUAUCCUAAUGUCUUUGACAGCUAUGCAGAAGCAACUAAUGCACCUGCGUUCGUCGGAGGAGCCAGGAUGCUGCUCCCUGAGAACAUCCGCAGGGAAAACAACAAGAUGUAUGAAGAAGUAGAGAUCCCGCCCAAUGAACCCAUGCCAAUUGGCUUUGAAGAGAAGCCGGUCUAUAUCUCUGAGCUGGACGAGAUCGGGCAGCUGGUGUUUAAAGGAAUGAAGCGCCUAAACAGGAUCCAGUCCAUUGUUUUUGAGACGGCCUACAACACCAAUGAAAAUCUUCUGAUCUGUGCUCCAACUGGUGCUGGCAAGACCAACAUUGCUAUGCUGACCGUCCUCCAUGAGAUCCGCCAACACCUGCAGCCUGGUGGUGUCAUCAAGAAGGAUGAGUUCAAGAUCGUAUAUGUGGCUCCAAUGAAAGCCUUGGCAGCUGAGAUGACUAAUUACUUCAGUAAGAGACUGGAACCUCUAGGCAUCGCUGUUAAAGAGCUCACAGGAGACAUGCAACUAACCAAAGGAGAGAUCCUUCGAACACAGAUGUUGGUUACUACUCCAGAGAAAUGGGAUGUGGUAACCAGGAAGAGUGUUGGAGAUGUGGCUCUGUCCCAGAUUGUUCGGCUUCUGAUCCUGGAUGAAGUUCACCUUCUACAUGAAGAUCGAGGACCAGUGCUGGAGAGCUUGGUGGCCAGGACCAUCAGACAGGUGGAGUCCACCCAGAGUAUGAUCAGGAUUCUGGGACUAUCCGCCACCCUGCCCAACUAUCUAGAUGUGGCCUCCUUCCUGCAUGUCAACCCUUACAUCGGCUUGUUUUUCUUUGAUGGCCGUUUCAGACCCGUUCCCCUCGGACAAACCUUUGUUGGCAUUAAAACCAUCAACAAGAUCCAGCAGAUUCAUGACACAGAAGAAGUUUGUUACAACAAAGUUUUGGAGCAGGUGAAAGCAGGUCAUCAGGUCAUGGUGUUUGUGCACGCUCGAAACGCCACAGUGAGGACCGCUAUGGGCUUGAUCGAAAUAGCAAAGAAUCGUGGGGAAAUAUGUUUCUUCCAGCCAGACCAGGGUCCAGACUAUGGCCAUUGUGAGAAACAGAUCCAACGCUCUAGAAACAAACAGAUGAAAGAAAUGUUUCCAGAAGGCUUUGGUAUCCAUCACGCCGGGAUGCUGCGGUCUGACCGGAGCAUGAUGGAGAGCGUAUUCUCUAAAGGUCACCUCAAGGUGCUGGUCUGCACUGCAACUCUGGCCUGGGGAGUGAACCUUCCAGCCCAUGCAGUCAUUAUAAAGGGAACACAUAUAUACGAUGCGAAACGCGGCACAUUUGUGGAUCUAGGUAUCCUGGACGUCAUGCAGAUUUUUGGCCGAGCUGGUCGACCCCAGUUUGACAAAUUUGGAGAGGGCACUAUCAUCACCACUCACGACAAGCUGAGCCAUUAUCUGACCCUGCUGACCCAGCAGAAUCCCAUCGAGAGCCAGUUCCUGAACAGCCUGGCCGACAACCUUAAUGCAGAGAUCGCUCUGGGAACCGUCACCAAUGUGGAAGAGGCUGUGAAGUGGCUCAGUUACACCUACCUAUAUGUUCGCAUGAGGGCCAACCCGCUGGCGUAUGGCAUCAACCACAGGGCUUUACAGAUGGAUCAAGGUUUGGAGCUCUACAGGAAGGAGCUGGUAAUAGAGUCGGCUCGAAAACUGGACAAGGCUCGAAUGAUUCGUUUUGAGGAGCGCACUGGAUACUUUUCCUCCACCGACCUCGGCAGAACUGCUAGUCACUUCUACAUCCGAUACAACACCAUUGAGGUGGUCUACAUUGCCCCCCUAAAAGCCUUGGUGAGAGAAAGGAUUGAGGACUGGAAGAUCAGGAUUGAGGAAAAACUGGGAAGAAAAGUGGUGGAGCUGACGGGGGACGUGACUCCAGAUAUGAGAGCUAUAGUGCAAGCCGAUCUGAUCGUCACCACGCCGGAGAAGUGGGAUGGUGUGAGCAGAAGCUGGCAGAACCGAAGCUAUGUCCAGAAAGUAGCCCUUCUUAUCAUUGAUGAAAUCCACUUGCUGGGUGAGGACAGAGGUCCAGUGUUGGAGGUCAUCGUGUCCAGGACUAACUUCAUCUCCUCCCACACGUCUAGGAGCAUUCGAGUUGUGGGCCUGUCCACGGCUCUUGCCAAUGCUCGAGACCUUGCCGACUGGCUGGGUAUCGGACAGGUGGGCUUGUUUAACUUCCGUCCAUCUGUGCGCCCUGUCCCACUCGAAGUCCACAUCCAUGGUUUCCCAGGACAACACUACUGUCCCCGCAUGGCCAGCAUGAACAAACCUACCUUCCAAGCAAUACGAAGCCACUCACCAGCCAAACCGGUGCUGAUUUUUGUCUCCUCACGAAGACAAACCCGUCUGACUGCGCUGGACCUCAUUGCCUUUCUGGCCACAGAGGACAACCCCAAACAGUGGCUGCACCAAGAUGAGAGAGAGAUCGAGGCCAUCAUUGCCACAGUGAGGGACUCUAACCUGAAACUAACUCUGGCCUUUGGGAUUGGUAUGCAUCAUGCGGGCCUUCAUGAAAGAGACAGAAAGACCACGGAGGAGCUGUUUGUCAACUGUAAGAUCCAGGUUCUGAUUGCUACCAGUACUCUGGCAUGGGGAGUAAACUUUCCAGCUCACCUAGUGGUUGUCAAAGGAACUGAAUACUAUGAUGGUAAAUCCAGACGCUACGUGGACUACCCCAUUACAGAUGUCCUGCAAAUGAUGGGGAGAGCCGGUCGUCCUCAGUUUGAUGACCAGGGCAAAGCUGUUAUUCUGGUCCAUGACAUCAAGAAGGAUUUCUACAAGAAGUUCCUCUAUGAGCCCUUCCCUGUUGAAUCCAGUCUCCUCAGUGUGCUGUCAGACCAUCUGAAUGCUGAGAUCACUGCUGGAACUAUCUCAUCCAAACAGGAUGCGUUGGACUACCUCACCUGGACGUACUUCUUCAGAAGGCUGGUGAUGAAUCCCAGCUACUACAGUCUAGAAGACAUCAGCCAUGAGUCCAUAAACAAGUAUCUGUCCAGCUUGGUGGAGAGGAGCUUGCGAGACCUGGAGUGCUCUAACUGCAUUGAGAUCAAAGAGGAUGACCGUACCAUUGAGCCACUGACAUAUGGUCGCAUUUCAUCUUUUUACUACCUGAAACAUCAGACUGUUCGGAUGUUUAAGGAGCGACUGAAGGCUGAGCUGCCGAUGGACCAGCUGCUCUCUGUCCUCGCGGAUGCAGAGGAAUACGCCGAGCUGCCUGUCAGACACAACGAGGACCAGCUCAACAGCCUGCUGGCUCAGCAGCUCCCUCUUCAGGUCAACCCCCACUCCUUUGACAGCGCCCACACCAAGACCCACUUGCUGCUGCAGGCCCACUUCAGCCAUGCCCAGCUGCCGUGCAGCGACUACAACACUGAUACCAAGACGGUGCUGGACAACGCCAUCCGUAUCUGCCAGGCAAUGCUGGAUGUAGCUGCCAGUGAGGGCUGGUUAGUUACAGCCAUUAGUAUCUGUAACCUGGUUCAGAUGAUCGUCCAGGGCCGCUGGUUUCAUGACUCCACACUGCUGACACUCCCACAUGUAGAACAUCAACACUUAUACUUGUUCAGGAAGUGGACAAAUCAGAUGGCUCGGAGUAACGUGAGAGGCUUCAGUGGGCCAAUUGAAGCACUUCCUGAGCUGAUUGCUGCCUGCAACGGCAAAGAAAGUGUUUUUGCUUCAAUGGUCAACCAGGAGUUUCACCCAACUCUGAUCGCCCAGGCCUGGACCUUCCUGAGCCACCUCCCUGUUCUGGAAGUCCAUCUCAGUGUGACAGGCUGGUGGGAGCAGAACCAGGAGCAGACGGAGCGCCCCGUCCCUGCAGCAGGGACUAACAUGAGAGAGGCAAGCAGCUGGAUGGACGUCCACGCUGACCAGGAGUACGUCCUGCAGGUGUCACUGAGACGGAUCAACUUCAGCCAGCAGAGGAGAAAGCAGGACAGUAAGGCCCAGGCUCCCAGGUUCCCUAAAGCGAAGGAUGAAGGCUGGUUUCUGGUCCUGGGGGAAGUGGAUCGCAGGGAGCUGCUGGCUCUCAAACGGGUUGGAUAUGUGAGCAAUCACACAUCUACAUCCGUGGCCUUCUAUACACCGGAAAAGACUGGAAAGUACAUCUACACUCUGUAUGUGAUGAGUGACAGCUACCUGGGUCUGGACCAGCAGUAUGACAUCCACCUAAAUGUAACACCUGCCAGUAUCGCAGCGCAGGUCAACACCGAGGUGGUGGACUGAGACUGAGCUCAGCUGAAGAUCAGAGACAGAGAAACACGUCUUCCUCCAGGAGCAGAAUAGUUCACAGAUGGGUCUGAAACUCGACGUCUGUCUUGUGUUCAGCGUGGAGUUGACCUUUUGGAUCAGUUCUGCUACGAUCUAUUUAAGUUCUGAGUUAUUUAACUUCUAAAGGAGACAAGUUUCUUUGUUGACAAAAUUUUCAGAAGUUUAAUCUGCACAAUGAAGAAUUAAAGCCAAUCAGAAGUAAGAAAAAGGAGAAAGAUGUUUUGUUUGUUUGUUUGUUUCCAAGUUUUGACAUAAAAAAAUGUAAUGUUCAGGGGGAAAAGAAGUUAUUUUCCAAGACUUCAGCUAGAGAAAGUAAACCCCGCUGUGCUCCGGAACCUGUGUGUGUGUGUGUGUGUGUGUGUGUGUGUGUGUGUGUGUG